AUGGGAUUGAAAAGUUCACCGUUCCAAGCUGUGCAAGCCAUCAUGGUGGCCAAGGAGAUUGCCUUGGGAGAUAGGAAGGAUCCGAAGAACGCAUUUAGGUGGGACGAAGUCAAGUUGAACCUACCAGGUUCAAGUACGUAUGAUCCCAGCUUGCCUUGGGUGUUCAAGAUCCGGUGGUCUGAUGGUAAAAUCGCUGCGGAUUUGUUCAUCUAUGUUGACGAUGGCCGAGUUACAGCAUCCAAUAAGUUGGAAUGUAAGCAGGCAACUCGACAGGCGGCUAGUCGUUUGAAUGGACUUGGUAUUCAAGAGGCAGCGAGAAAACAAAGAUGGGGAUCACAAAACCCGGGAGCCUGGGCUGGAUCAUUGGUAAAAACCACUGAGGAUUCAGUAAGUGUGUUCGUGUCUCAAGAAAAAUGGGACAAGACCAAGCUGCAGGUCAAGGAGAUCGCGGAAGAACUUAGUGGGUCCACGUUGGGGUCUUUGAAGCACAAGGCGCUAGAGAGAAAGCGCGGGUUUCUAAUCUAUGUUACUCGAACCUACCCAACGAUGGUUCCCUACUUGAAAGGAAUACAUCUGACCCUUGAUGCUUGGAGACCAGGUCGAGAUGAUGAGGGAUGGAAGUCUAUUGGUUACAAGGGAGAGUCGCCAACUCCGACUUCACAAGACGCUCCGGAAUAUGUGAAGCCAGUACCUAGACUUAAGGAUGACUUGGCUGCGUUAUCGGCUCUCACGGCCUCAGAGAGCCCCCCGAUUCGGAGAGUACGCAGUAAGAGGGUGAUGACGGUAUUCUAUGGGUUUGGAGACGCAUCAGCGGUUGGAUUUUGCAGCACGUUUCAGCGCUUCUCUAAGUAA